UGGGGGAAAAAGCUGUAAACGAAAGAGUGAGAGUGUGAGACUUUCGUUAUCCUCCUCCAAAGACGACGGAUCCUUCAUCCUUCCCUCCCCCCCACAGAACUCUCCGACGUCGACCUCUUAAGCAGAGAACCUUAUAGGAGGAAGUCGUCUUCUUGUGUGAUGAAAGGGACCGGUACUGCAGCAUUUUAUUCUGCUUCUUCUGCUGAGAAUGUUUACUCCCCUCGUUUGAGUUGUGCUGUGAGUAGUGUUGGCGACAAGAGAAAGAGGAAUGAGCAUGGUGGCGGCUCAAACGAUGACAGCAGUGCUGGUCUCAAGUUUAACGACUUUGAGAAGCUGAGGAAAGAAGUGAACUUUACGGUUGGGCAGACUUGGGCUCUUUAUGAUAAAAUGGAUGGGAUGCCUAGCUUGUAUGCCCGAAUCCGAAAAGUUUCAGCUCCUUCCUUUGGGUUGAGGAUCACACACUUAGAGCCGGAUCCGGAUGAUGAGAGAGAGAUACUAUGGUUUGAACAAGACUUGCCUGUCUCUGCUGGGCAGUUCAGGCUUGGGAAGAACGAGAACACAGGAGAUCGUUCUAUGUUCUCACAUGUUGUUCACUGCAAGGAAGGAAGCAACAGUGGUCAUAUCACUGUUUCCCCGAGAAAAGGAGAGACCUGGGCGCUAUUCAAGAACUGGGAUAUCAACUGGUCUUCAGAGCCUGAUUCUCACCGCAAAUAUGAGUAUGAGAUUGUCGAGAUUUUGUCUGAUUACGCUGAUGGAACUGGUGUGUCUGUUGCGUUCUUGCAUAAAGCAAAAGGCUUUGCAAGUGUCUUCUUUCGAAUGGGAACUGGUGGUGAUGCAGACACAUUUCGAAUGGGAACUGGUGAUGAGGCAGACACAUCUCAGAUUCUUCCUCAGGAUAUAUAUCGAUUCUCCCACAUGAUCCCUUCCUUCAAAAUGACAGGCUUUGAAUCAAAACGCUUACCAAAAGAUGCUUAUGAGCUGGACCCAGCUGCGUUACCUAAAACAAUCGAAGAGAAGACCGUCCCUCCCCAUCUAAUCCCAACGCCUAAACCAGAAGCGCUCUGCUUUCCGUGUAAGUAUACGGGAAACGUUUUUCAAACAGGCCAGUUCUGGGCAUUUAGUUCACAUUACGAUUACAUGCCUCGGUCCUACUGUAGGAUUCAGAAGAUCACCGUAACUCAGGCAUUCGAGCAGAAACCAGAAGUGAAGAUGCACGUAUGUCGUCUAAAACCUACUCCAUUCCCUGAGGGUUUCAUCAGGUGGCAGGACAAGAGCAUGCCUGUUGGUUGUGGAACUUUCUCGCUGCCUAAAACUUGCUCAAUAUUCGUUCCAGGACACGUCUCACAUCAGGUAUUUCCUCAACCCUCCAGGGAUGGGAAUGAGUUCACCAUUCUGCCCAGGAUUGGCCAAGUGUGGUUGAUUUACAGAUCAUGGUUUCCUGACUAUGACGUCGAAGCAUUGGAAGGAAAGUGCUUGGACUAUGAAGUCGUUCAAGUUCUUGAUGACGCCUUGAACUAUAAGGUUUUAGCGUUAACGCCUGUGGAUGAAGAGAGUAAUAAAUUCUUCAGAGCAGCUAAGAGUAGGCCCUCUUAUCGUUAUGAGGAGGAUGGGACAGGUGUGGUAUUUACAAUCCCACAGUCGAAAAUUCUCAGAUUCUCUCAUCAGAUUCCUGCUUCCCGUGUAACCAAAGAGGUCGAUGGAGAGAUGGAAGUGCUAUUUGAAGUUGAUGAUAGCGCUAUACCUAGUUUUUGUUGUGACCUUUGAGGAAAGGACGUGAGGGAAUCAUUCCUUUUUGUUAGCUUUUGGUGCCCUUGGUCGGAGAUUUAAAGACUCCUAAACUUACUUUAGGCUUUUCUCCAUGGUUUCUAUGUUGUUGGUUUCAAAUCUACCUGAAAGCUUGACAAUGUAAGAAAAGACUUGCUCCAUGUGGUUUAAGAUAAGAAUGAAAAGUUUUAUUAGCAUUGAAAAUUG